AUGUCACGUGCAUCACGUCGUGAGCGCUUAGCAGUGCUUAAACCAAUAGGUGAAGUCUUUGUCAAUGGCUUAGCAUCAUGUUACGACGACGAGUUUCCUGAUUCCGAACGAUUGGCAGCAUUAAUGACAGUCGCGGAUUUCUCCGACGCUGUCAACACGAUUAAUGACGCUCUAAUGGACCAUUGGCCGUGUUUACCGUGUAAAGGAUUUGGCUAUGGCUGUUGCAUUUGUACAUUGGGAUUGUCACUGUAUUGUGCUUCAGCACAAGUGACAGAAGCAGAAAGUCGCGUACAACUUCAGUUGAGACGUUUAAAUGACGAGACGAGAUUCAAGGCAAAAGGAAUUCAAUGGCGACUUGAAAGGACGUGGUGGAGACGCACGUCGUUUGUGGAGAUUUAUGUUGAUCCGGAAAUUGCUGAAGCACGUAGUGAUACUAGAGGAAGUGAGUGA